AUGGUCGAACCAAACAGCAAUGUUCCGAGAUCGGAUGAAGAGCCUGCUGAAGACCAACCGUCUUCAACAUCUGGAACACUACGGGAUUCCAACUCGGACAUUCCCAUCCAGUCCACGGGAAGUGGCAUUCCACGCAUUAGAUUUUCCACGGACAUAGAUCGUUCCGAGCCUUUAGCACCGGGCAGUUCCCCCACGGAUGGGAAGAUUGUUGCCACUGCAGGUCUUACAAUUGAUACCUCACCCAGGACUGCUCAGAGAGAAAGCUUGGAAAUAAGAUCGUUCGGUCGGAAAACUAGCGAUACAAACUCAUCAAGCUCGGUAACAGAUGCUCGACCCCCCGCACCUUAUCACACACUCUCACCGACGUCUCCCACGUCCCCAAGGAAACGCAACCGAGGGUAUAGUUUGCGACGACAACUAUUCUUCAGGAAUGUACACGAUCAAAUGGACCAGGACGCUGGGUUUGCCCACAGUAGCGCCAAUGAUAUGGGAAUCGAGCUCAAUUCCGUACAUCCUUCACAUGAAUUCAAGAACCAACGUAUAGAAUUCCAGGAUGCUGCUACAGGAGAGGGAGCAGAGGAGGAGGAAAAAGAGAAGGCUGAUCAUGUCUAUCCCAAAAGACAAGGGAGUCUACCCCCCAUUUCCGGCAGCCUUCCACAAUAUUCAUUGUGGGCUCAUAAACAGUCCAAAACAUUUAGAGCCCAGGUCCAGUCAUACUAUAAAAACAUCCAACAAUUGAUAUUAAGAUACAACGAGGCUCCACCAAGUAAAGAGGGGAGGAGAAUACCUGUUGACGCUGAAAGGAAGGAUCCACUUAUAGAUGAGAGGACAUUGAAGGAAUACAUCGGAAAUACCAUCAGAAGUAGUCGUUACACCAUUUGGAGCUUCCUUCCAAAGCAGUUAUUUGCUCAGUUUUCGAAACUGGCGAACUUCUACUUUCUUUGUGUUUCAAUUUUGCAGAUGAUACCCACGCUGAGCACUACUGGAACAUACACAACGAUUGUCCCAUUAUUAUUCUUCAUAACACUAUCCAUGACCAAAGAGGGCUACGAUGAUUAUCGACGAUAUAAGCUAGAUAAGGUUGAGAAUAAUCGCUAUGCUCAAAUACUUGAUACCUAUAAACCCAGCGAUGAUCGCGAUCUUCCCUCUACGCCCCGUUUUUGGGCGGAAACAAAGUGGAGGAAUAUUCGCGUGGGUGACAUAGUAAAACUCGAACGCGACGACUCGGUCCCAGCAGAUAUAAUCAUACUCCAUUCCGACGGUCCACGAGGAAUAGCAUAUGUGGAAACCAUGGCGUUGGACGGAGAGACAAACUUGAAGAGCAAACAGGCAUUGCCGAUAAUAUCAGAGCAAUGUGAUACUAUCGAAAAGCUUGGAGCAUUCAAAGCGCAGGUCGUAGUGGAGGAUCCUAACAUGGAUCUUUACAACUUCGAAGGAAAGGUUACGGUUGGAGACGAAACGAAGCCUUUAACAAAUAACCAGGUGAUCUACAGAGGAAGUGUGAUACGAAACACAUCAAACAUGUGGGGAUUGGUUAUAUUUACGGGAGAGGAAAGCAAGAUUCGGAUGAAUGCAAACAAAAACCCACGAACUAAGGCACCAUCGUUACAAGCAAUCGUCAAUAAGAUUGUGAUUAUCGUUGUAAUUUUUGUCAUUGCCUUGGCUGUUUUUAACACCGUUGCAUACCGUCUUUGGCGAAAUCGAACGGAAAGGCGCUCCUGGUUCAAUACUCUCAUUCCUCUUUCUCUCUAUGUUAGUUUGGAGAUCAUAAAGCUAGCUCAGAUGUUCCUCCUGAAUGAUAUCGAUAUGUAUGAUCCAGAAACCGACACACCAAUGGAGGCAAGGACGUCCACUAUUAAUGAAGAUUGUGGCCAAGUCAGUUACAUAUUUUCCGAUAAAACUGGUACCUUGACCGACAACGCUAUGCUAUUUCGGAAACUAAGCGUUGGAGGUCAGGCUUGGCUACAUGAUCUCGAUAUUCAGCGGGAAGCAGGCGAACUUGCUGAUCGGUCUAGCUUAGAUAAAAGGCGAAGAGAAAAAGGAAAGGGCAAAGCCAAGAAGAUAAUAGGCCGUUCAAAAUCAGUUCAUAUGAAUACAAAGGGAACCGAUCUUGAACCACAUCGUACUAGAAAAUCCUUCGGCGAUAUGGCUUAUAUACAGCAGGUCGAGACUAUCCCACCUAAAUUAUCACUUGAUGGUCGACUUCGAAACAAAUCGUCUUCAAAUUCUCUCCGAUGGCGCUCUACAGCAAUUCCCCAAAAAGCUCAACCACAAUUAUCCACGAUGGAUCUCCUGUACUACCUUCAAAACCAUCCACAUACUUUCUUUGCCCGUAAAGCUAGGUUUUUCCUGCUUUCUAUAGCCUUGUGUCAUACAUGCAUCCCCGAAGUGGAUGGCGACGGAAAUAUAACUUACCAAGCGGCAUCCCCUGACGAGUUGGCCUUGGUGAGAGCUGCACAGGAAUUGGGAUAUAUUACGAUUGAUCGACAGAUAAAUAAGAUUUCAAUAAAAACUUUUCCAAGUGGGCCUAUGGGGGAACCACUUAUCGAAGAUUAUGAGAUUUUGGAAGUUAUUGAGUUUUCUAGUAAAAGAAAGCGAAUGUCGAUAAUUAUCCGCAUGCCAAAUGGGAAAUUUUGCGUUUUUUGCAAAGGGGCGGAUACAACUAUGAUUGAGCUUCUUCGGCUUCGGGAUCUGGCUAAACAGAAAGCAUUGGAGGUUGAAAGACGUGCAAAUAAGAGAAAAAGUCUUGAGGCGCAGGAAGUCAUACGGAGGACUAGUAUGCAGCGUACAAGUAUAGGUGGCCGGUCUAGUAUAGGCGGCCGGCCAAGUUUCGGUGGCCCUGGCCGCCCCAGCAUGUCUACGAAUCGCCUAAAACCGAUUCAAGACGAAUUCGAUGAUUGGCUAAGGGAUAAAGAGCAGGGGAUCGAUAUGUCAUCUAUUGACGAUGAAAGCAUCUAUUCUCGGCCAUCUGCCCAGUUUGCAAGCCGUCACUCAAUUGCUUUUGGGGAAAUCAACGUACCACUAGAACGAGAAAUUAGCGAGGAUAUGGUUGAUGAGAAUAUUGCUGCGGACGAAGCAAAGGUUAUUGAGCGCUGUUUUGCGCACAUCAACGACUUUGCCACGGAAGGGCUAAGGACAUUACUUUAUGCCCACCGCUUUUUGGACGAACAGGAAUACGCUGGAUGGAAGAAGAUAUAUGCAGAAGCAACAACGAGUCUUGUUGAUAGACAGAGCCUUAUCGAGAAGGCGGCCGAUAUGAUCGAAAGGGACUUUGAGCUCAGCGGUGCCACAGCAAUCGAGGAUAAGCUGCAGAAAGGCGUUCCAGAGACUAUUGACAAGCUCAGGAGAGCAGGUAUCAAAUUAUGGAUGCUGACCGGAGAUAAGCGAGAAACCGCGAUUAAUAUCGGCCACUCUUGCCGAUUGAUUAAAGACUACUCGAAUAUUAUUGUUCUUGAUAAAAGAGAUGGCUACAUCGAAAGAAAAAUGGCAGAAGCAAUAUUAGAGAUCAAUGCUGGGAAAGUUGCUCAUUCGGUCGUAGUUGUGGACGGUGGUACUUUAACGAGUAUUGAUGAGGACGAGACACUGAAGUCUUUAUUCUUUGAUAUUGCUAUUAUCACGGACUCUGUCAUUUGCUGCCGCGCAAGCCCUAGCCAGAAAGCAUCACUUGUCAAGACCAUUAGGACCAAGGUUAAUAAGUCUGUGACCUUGGCAAUUGGGGAUGGUGCAAACGAUAUAGCAAUGAUUCAAGAAGCGCAUGAGCUGCUAUUCUAUCUUACCCAAGCCCUCUUUCAGAGGUCGAAUGGCUAUACGGGAACCAGCUUUUAUGAGUCAUGGAGCUUGAGCAUGUUUAAUACUCUGUUCACCUCGCUUCCGGUGAUUAUCUUGGGAAUUUUUGAAAAGGACCUUUCUCCCGCAACUCUAUUGGCUGUACCAGAACUCUAUCGCAAGGGACAGCUAAAUGAAGGGUUUAACUUUCGAAUUUACCUUGGCUGGAUGUUCCUUGCCUCUUCACAGGCAGUUCUAAAUUAUUACAUGAUGUUCACGUUGUACGCCCCACGUCUUACGGUCGAUAACGGGAUAUAUGCUAUGGGCGUUAUCACGUAUAGUGUUGUGGUUACGCUUGUUUCAGCAAAGUUGCAACUCAUAGAGACGCACAACAAAACCGUCAUAGUCGCAGCAACCUUUGUUCUUUCCGUUGGAGGAUGGUUCCUUUGGAACAUUAUAUUGGGCGAAACAUACUCAAAUAACGUCAUCUAUAAUGUCAAAGAUGGAAUUUUGCGACGUUUUGGCAAAGACUUAACUUGGUGGCUUGUCUAUAUAUUUUGUCUCUCGGCCUGUCUCGUCCUUGACUUGGCCUUGAUCUCUAUUCGUGCUGCAUUUUGGCCUACGGAUGUUGAUGUCUUUCAGGAGAUCGAGAAAUCAAAGGAAAUGCGGCAACGCAUGGAAAAAGCAGCCAGUGUUGAGCUCCAACAAAGCUGGAACCAGAACCAAGGAAGAUCUAAAGCAGAAAUUGAAAUUGAAGGUGAAGUGCAAGAAUUCUUAGAUAGGCCGAGGGUGAUGGAAGAAGGAAGAACCCCAGGCAGAAAGAGCACAAGUUCAUGUGUCGACCGAAUCUCGUUUUCUGGAGAUCGAGGAGACGCGGAGGAUGAUAUUAACGUGCAUCUGGCAAGAAGAUUUGGAUCUAUUAGAAGAUGA